AUCCAAAUAUAAUAUUUUGCAGACGAGCCUUAGCCUCGGUAAUAUCCCAACCUUCAUCCAUUCCCGUCCUUACUUGUCACGACGACGCUCGAGAGGCGAUGUGAAACUCUUUUUUUCUCGCACCCAAAUCAACCCUUAUGAUGGCUAUGGCUGCCCCUCUAACCAAAACUCCAGUUACCUGCGGUUGUCUUGCAAAACCUACCCGUUUCAAGCUACCAAAAAGCCAUAAAUUCAGUUACAUUAAGCCGAAUCCAUUCCUGAAAUUAGAACUUAUUCCUUAUCCCUCCAGCCGUCUUCCAUCUUCGAUUAUAUCGCCUCUUUCUGCAAGGACAACUUCAUCUUCAUCUUCAGAUGAUAAAGAAAGAGAUGCUGAGACAAUAUUGCCUUCCUUGGAAGAUCGGCCAGUGAAUUUCCUAUUGCUAGUCGUAUUAUGGGCAUCUGUUUCUCUGGCCUGGUUCGCCUAUUCAUCGGAUGCCAAAGCCGCGGUGGAUUCCAUCCGGGCAUCUUCUUUCGGUGUGAAGAUUGCAUCUUCUUUACGUGGCUUAGACUGGCCUGACGAAGCUGUUGUAUUUUCCUUAGCCACUCUUCCCAUUAUCGAGCUCCGUGGCGCCAUUCCUGUUGGUUACUGGCUGCAACUCAAUCCUUUCAACCUCACAUUACUAUCCAUUCUCGGGAAUAUGGUACCUGUGCCUCUGAUCAUGCUAUAUCUGAAGAGGUUUGCAAGUUUAGUUGCUAGUAAGAACGAAACAGCAUCGCGAAUGCUUGAGAUGGUAUUAGAGAAUGCAAAAAGGAAGGCCGGGCCAGUGGAAGAGUUUCAAUGGCUUGGAUUGAUGUUGUUUGUAGCUGUACCUUUACCUGGGACAGGAGCUUGGACGGGUGCGAUUAUUGCUUCGAUUCUUGAUAUGCCGUUUUGGGAUGGUUUGUCUGCGAAUUUCUUUGGCGUUGUGCUGGCGGGGUUACUGGUUAACUUGUUGGUCAACUUGGGGCUUAAGUAUGCUAUUGUGGCUGGUGUUAUUUUGUUUAUUAUCUCUACAUAUAUGUGGGGAAUCCUUCGAGGGGUUAAGAACUGAACAGGUCUAGUUGAUAUGUUUGAGAAACAUAAAUGCUGUUGUUGUAAGUUUGUAACUCCCAACCAACUAACCAAACCUAUAGUUCUAAAUGUUUUGUUUGUGUU